AUGGCAGACACAACCGAUUUGAGCCUUGAUGCUCCCAGUGACCUCCAGGAUAUUGCCGAUAUCUCAAUGGAUUUGCUUCCACCUCCAGAAGGCACGUACCCUGACCGCGCAACUCUACUGGCUUCUGUACAGGCACAUGGCAAAGCGCAUGGAUAUAAUGUGGUGGUCAAGUCAUCGAGUACCCCAACAGAGAAGAAACCAGGCCGUACAGCCAAAGUAUGGCUACGAUGUGACCGCGGUGGCCAAUACAGGCCGCGGAACGGCCUUACCGAGGAAACUCGCAAACGAAAACGAACCUCCCGUCUUAUGGACUGCCCAUUCAUGAUGGUUGCCGCGGGAAAUCCGGGCAUAUGGACGCUUACGGUACUGAACCCUACUCAUAACCACGGUCCUGUCACCGAAAAGCCACGACCUGCUCCCCAAAGCCGGGUAAAAAAAGGUCAAAUUAAUGCUAUUCCUUAUGAUUGGCCACACGAUGCUACUUUUACCCCGUUCACCACCGCACUAGUUGUUAUUGAUAUGCAACGCGAUUUUUGUUCACCUGGCGGAUAUAUGGAGUAUCAGGGUUAUGAUAUCAGCGGCACCCAAAUUCUUGUGCCGAGAUUGCAGCGGCUGUUGAAUGCAUUUAGACAUGGUGGAUUUCCAGUCUACCAUACUCGCGAAGGCCAUCGUCGCGACCUUUCCACUCUCUCCACUCGCGAAAGUUUUAGAUCUUGCAACAAUCCCUCCGGUCUGGGGAUCGGCGCAGAUGGGCCUCUUGGCAAAUUCUUAAUACGCGGAGAACCGGGACAUGAUACUAUAGCCGAGCUCUAUCCUAUCCCCGGUGAGCCGGUAAUCGAUAAACCUGGCCGUGGAGCUUUUAUGCACACGGAUUUCGAGCUCCUUCUGCGAAAUAAAGGCAUCAAAAAUCUGGUUCUUGUUGGCCUCAUGACAGACGUGGCAGUGUCAACAAUCAUGAGGGAGGCAAAUGAUCGCGGGUUUGACUGCCUCCUUGUAGAAGAUGGGACAAUGGCUCAUGAGCCGAAUUCCCCGCUGGCUGUUUGCGAGUCCGUGAAGAAAGAAGGGGGCAUUCUUGGCGCUGUUGGCAAACUUGGCGACGUGGUUCGGGCUGUGGAAAAUUUUAGAUCGACAACCGUUAAAAGGCUUGCGCCGCAAAUGACUGGUGUGUCAUGA